AAAAAAAGACCCUCUUAACUGUUUUAGAAAAAUUCCACAAGAUUAAUUGCUCUUUAUACUUAAAAAAUGGAAAUUUGGAAAUAGCUACAACAGCUACGCACCCACAUAUAAUAUAGACGCAUAAAUUUCUCAACAACAAAUCGAUCCUAAGCGAGAACUAAUCGCUUGACAGAUUAUCUCAAUUGCUUGAGAAUGUUUCUUAUCGCAUUGAAACAAUAGAGUUUACCCGCUUAAAUUGCAUUAUGGAGAAUUGAUAGUCCAUCGAUUUGCCAGUAUGCAUACAAUCACCAUGAACAACAGCCAAUUAUCCGCCGGAAUACGUCCGUUACCUCCAGGUCUUCAGCAGAUUGCCAUCGAGGAGCUGAACGAGGUGCCGGCUCGUGUUGCAUCAGAUAUUGCGGCCCUGCGAGAGUGGCUGCAGAAGCAGCCGCAUCUCUGCGCCUGCCUCACGGAUCAGUUUCUGCUGGGCUUCCUGCGGGGCAGCAAGUUCAGUUUGGAGAAGGCCAAGCACAAGAUUGAUCGCUACUACACGCUGCAGGCGGCUAUUCCCGAAGUAUUCAAUGAGCAUCGAUUGGCCGAUGAUGUCCAGGUGCUGGAGAUCAUUCGAAUGGGCGUCAUUCUACGUAUUCCUUUGGACGCGAGCGAUACGGGUCCGGCGGUGACCAUUAUACGCACAGGUUCCUAUGACACGCAGAAGGUUAAGUUCCAGGACAUUAUUCGAGUGGGCUCCAUGUUUGGCGAAAUCAUGAUGCUGGAGGACGACAAUGCGAAUGUCAGUGGCUACAUUGAAAUACUGGACAUGACCGGAGUAACGGCCGCCAAUUUGUUUGCCCUGCAGCCGCAGCUGUUAAGCAAGUUUUCGGCCUUUGCGGAUGAGGCGAUGCCCACACGGCAGGAGGGAAUACAUUUUAUAAAUGUGCCUGCCUCAUUCGAAAGUGGCUUUAAAUCGCUGCGCUCCUUCUUUCCCGAUAAGAUCAAGAAUCGCGUAUCUGUCAGCUCCGAUCCGGAGGCCAUCUUUGAGCGUGUGCGUCGCGAGUAUCUGCCCAAGGAAUACGGCGGCAGCAGGGGCACCAUGCAGGACAUCAUAGAGCAAAUGGAGGCCAAGAUGUGGAGCUAUCGCGAAUACUUCGAACAGUCGCGUCACUUUGGCACCAACGAAAAGCUGAGGGAAGAUAUCCCAGACAAUACAAGCUGCCAGAGCUACUUUGGCCUGGAUGGCUCAUUCCGCAUGUUGGAUAUCGACUGACUUUGUAAAACUAUAAACAGCCAAUAAAUUGAUUGAAUUUGUGCUCCA